UAGAACAUUCAUCAAAAGUCUUCUUAUCUCUAAAAUCACAGUAAGAUAGAUAGAUUAUCCUCGUAACAUCCACGAGUUUAAGGCAGAUGAGUACUCCACGUGUCCGUAACUAAAGCCUCUCCCAUACAUACACGCAAAACGAUUGGAUGAAAUAUAACACAUCAUCAAUUUUGUACGGUUGUAGGAAGCCACUUGUCAAUUAAUCAACGCUCAAUAAUGAUUGGGAGAGACCAAUAGUGAAUCUGUGGCCGUUGGAUCUAAACUAAAUCCAAAAGAUUUGAGAGAUUAUAAAUUGCAGAAGAAGACGACCAGAGCUCUUGAGUACAAGGGACGAAUUUGGUGAUGAUGAUGGAAGGAGACGCUCGAUAAAUUUCUCGUUUAAAAAAAAGGGUUUCUCUGCUCUCUGAUCCAUUACCAACUUUUUUUCUUUUGUUGUGAUUUUUGGGGUUUUAAAUUUCUUCAAAUUCUAGGGUGAAAGCUAAAAUUUAAAUUUCUUCAAUUUUUUUUUUUUUUUGUCAUUCUAAUUCUGGGGCUUUUUUGUGGUUGUUCAUUCUUUAAACUGUUUAUUGAUUAUUUAUUUGAGGUUGAUUUAAAAACAAAAGGGGUUUCAAUUGUCUGUCUCUGGGAUCUUUCACCAGAUUAAUGGUGAAUUUUCUAAAGAAGAUAACAAUCCGAUUCUUGAAAUGAUGAAGAGACAGAUCCCGAGUUGGCCAUGGUGGUUAUUAGGAAGUAGAAAAGAGAAAGAAACUGAAGCUCUUAAGUUUCCUCCUACAAAGAUGAUAACUCGAGCUAAUAGUAAAGGAAGAGUUUAUAAAAGAAAGGAUCUUGAACUUGAGAGCUUCGGUUCGUCUGGCUCUGAAUCUGUAGCUGUUGCUGGUGGUGAUGGACCUGAAUGGUCUGUCGGAUGGACUGAGCCACAUGGACCUGAUUUCCAAAGUGAUGAUGAAGCAGAUGAUGGUGGUUUCUUAGUUCUGGUUCCUUGUUACAGAGCUCUUGUCGAAGGCUCUAGUAAUAAUAACCAGCUCUUGAGUGCUGUCAAGAAUCUACCCAGCGGGUUUCCUCCUGAUGGGAAGAAUUAUAUGGAGCAAUGGCUUUCAUCUCUGCAGAACCUUUGACCAGGUCUCUUUCCUUUGUAGUUAGUUAGUGGUAGUUUUAGUUUUGUCUAAUUCGUGCUGAAGAAUCAUUUUGGUUACUACAUUAAUCCUGAAAACUCAAAAAAAGAAAAAAAAAAAGGAAAAGAAAAAGAGAGAACAAAGAAAGAAAGGCACAAGUAGUUUUAUAUGGUUUAGAUUAAGAUGAUGGGGUUUUGCUUACAUUGAUCCUGGAUAUGGAUCAAGCCAAAAAAAAAAAAAAAAAAAAAAAAAGAGUAAGAAAAAUGAAGUGUAUGAUUGGAAAAGCUAUGGAGAAGAAGCAGCUUUAGCCUUGACCCUUGAGUGUUCAUAGGAAGAUUGAUUACAUUCAGAGAAAAGAGGGUGGAUAACAAGUUACAUUGAUCCUGGAAAGAAAGCAAUAAGGGUGGAAGAAACAGACAGUGCUUCAAGGAUUCAUAUCAAGAUGCUCAAAUUGAUGGUGUGAAUGGGAUUUAUUAUCCAACUGAGAUGGGAAAUUCAUGUAAAGAGUCUUGUAAAUACCAAAAAAAGAAAAGAAAAAAAAAGAGUGAUGUAUAUACUCUUUGUCCUGUAUCAUAACCUCCUGAAGGCUGAGGUAGAAGUGAUUGGAGAUUGAUUGUAUUUGUAUGUAAAUAUUAACUACCACUGAUCUUUCUUUUUUUGUAUAUAGACAACACUCCUGCCAUUGUAACUCUCUGUAUUAUAUAUUGAAUUGGGAAAGCAUGAAGAAUUUCUCUAAA